UUGUGGUCCACACUAAAUAGGAAAAGCUAUAGACAAUCCUGCCUUUACACAGGUACCUAUUCUGGCAGCCCUUGGGAAACAGACCUUGGGCAACCUUCAGGAGACUCCCCUCUUGGGUCUUCCUGUGGAAUUCCACACCACUCUCUUCCUAAUGAACAAAGAGCAUGUGCUCUUCCACACAGCCCCAAGAUGUGGUGCCUCCUCGUGCUGCUCUGCUCCCAAGGAAUUGCCUUUUCAGCAGGAUUCACAGCAGCCUCCACGGCCGGUGUUGACAAAAGCCGCUGCAAGAAGAGCCCCAACCCGGAAUGUUUCAUGAAUGUUAGUGAAAUCAUCAGAUAUCAUGGGUUCCCUAGCGAGGAAUAUGAAGUUCCAACGGAGGAUGGAUACAUUCUUACUGUUUACAGAAUUCCUGCUGGAAGGAACGCCCAAAAUGCAGGGAGGAAGCCUGCAGUCUUGCUACAUCAUGGCAUUUUAGCAGAUGCUACUCACUGGAUUUCCAACCUGCCCAACAACAGCUUGGGCUUCAUCCUUGCAGAUGCUGGCUAUGAUGUCUGGUUGGGAAACAGCCGAGGAGACACCUGGUCUUUAAAACACAAGACCCUCAAACCCUGCCAGAAGGAGUUCUGGCAGUUCAGCUUUGAUGAGAUAGGUAAAUACGACAUUCCUGCAGAGCUGAAUUUCAUCAUGAAUAAAACUGGACAAAAGGAUUUUUCCUAUAUUGGUCACUCUGAAGGGGCAGCUACAGGCUUCAUAGCAUUUUCUACUUAUCCUGAGCUGUGUCAGAAGAUUAAAGUAUUCUUUGCUUUGGCACCAGUGGUCACCAUCACACAUGCUACCAGUCCUCUGAUAACAAUUACCCGGUUUCCCCAGUCACUGAUCAGGUUACUACUUGGCUGCAAAGGAGUUCUUCAAUACAGUGAGCUGAUGAAAGGACCUGUAACACAGUUCUGUGCAUGUCUGGGGAAAGUUUGUGGCAAUAUCUUCAGCUACAUCGCUGGGGGCAGGAUACAAAAUAUAAACACGAGUCGAACAGAUUCAUACGCGGGACAUUACCCAGCUGGAACAUCAGUACAGAAUGUUAUUCAUUGGCAGCAGAUAAAACAUGCAGAUCGAUUUCAAGCUUAUGACUACGGCUGUAAGGAAAACAUGAAGAAAUACAACCAGACUGCUCCUCCUGAGUACAACAUAGAGAAGCUAAAGAUACCAACUGCUGUUUGGAGUGGUGGACAGGACAAAUUUGCAGACCAAACAGACAUGGCAAGGCUGCUUCCUCGGAUUACUAAUCUCAUUUACCAUGAGCAUUUUCCUGCAUGGGGACAUCUUGAUUUCCUCUGGGGCCUUGAUGCAACUGAGAAAAUGUAUCUGAAGAUCAUUGAACUACUAAAAAAAUAUGCUUAAAGUGCCACAGAGGGAUUUAAUUCAUGCAGUAGAAACCCUAGAGAUUUCUAUUUAGCAGUUGAUUAUUGGUAUAGGGAUAGGUAUAGAGGUUUACAAACUACUGACAAUUGGUUUGCAAUAUUUUGCUUCUCUAUGGUGUUUCACUAUUUUGAUGAUUGCAGUCUUUCUGAAGAAGCUGAGGUACAUGUGAAUGACCACUGAAAAUAUAAAUAUAUUAGAUAGAACACUUCAG